AUGACAGCCAUGGCUGCUCCACUGGACCUGUCGCACCACUUUUCUUAUGCGACCAGGAAUCGCAAUCCCAGCAGCGUCAAGGACUUCUACAAAUACUUCCUCAUCCCAAACAUCGCCAAUUUUGCAGGUGGAUUGCCACACCCUUCCUAUUUUCCUUAUGAUACCCUUGAAGCGACCGUCGCCCGACCGCAGCGGCUACAACCAUCCACCAAAGAUGAUACCAAAUCAGACCGCGUCACCGUCCCGAAAGAAAUCCAGACCAGCAAUCCCGCACGCCGCAUCGAUUUAUCAACGGCCUUGCAGUAUGGAACUGCCGAGGGAUAUCCGCCACUGUACUCCUUCCUCCGGACAUUCGUGAAAGAACACCUUCACCCCAAUGUACCCUACGAGGGUGGCCCGGAGAUCCUCCUUUCCUGCGGAAACACAGAUGGAUUCUCUAAGGCCGUUGAGCUACUCACCAAUGUCUGGAACCCCGACCGUGACUGGAUCCAGCAGCGCCAGGGGGUCUUGUGCGAGGAAUUUGCCUAUAUGAAUGCUAUCCAGACCGUCAGGCCCCGGGGUUUGAAUGUCGUCGGCGUAUCAAUGGAUGGCCAGGGAAUGUGUGUCGACGGGAAAGGGGGCUUGCAAGACGUGUUAGAAAACUGGGACUUUCGACGAGGCCGGCGGCCACACAUGAUGUACACUGUAACGAUUGGUCAAAAUCCUACUGGUGGUACUCUCUCCAUUGAGCGCCGCAAACAGAUUUACGCACUCUGCCAGAAAUAUGAUGUGAUCAUCGUCGAGGAUGAGCCCUACUGGAAUUUACAGUUCCCCUCUGCCUACAAAAGGGAGGCACAAUAUCGUGGCUCGAUACUGGAACAGAACUCCUAUAAUCGAAAAUACAAUGCGGAAGGCAAGUCUUCGGGAUACGCCUUCCUGGACUCCCUCAUCCCCUCUUAUCUGUCCAUCGAUACCGAGGGACGAGUCAUCAGAUUGGAUACAUUUUCAAAGACAAUCGCCCCGGGAAGUCGCCUGGGCUGGAUUACGGCACAGCCCGCUUUUAUUGAGCGUCUGGCUCGUAUCACAGAAGUGACAACCCAGCAACCCUCCGGGUUUGUUCAAUCCGUGGUUGCGGAAACGCUCAUGGGAAAGCAGGAUGAUGAGAAUGAAGCUCGUAUGUCGAAGAAACCAAAUGGAAACGGCUGGCACAUGGACGGCUGGGUCCGGUGGCUGGAAGGUCUUCGCGGAGGCUACGAAAGGCGAAUGAACGCCAUGUGCACCGUCCUGGAAGAGAACAGGUUCCUAUUCCACGAGAAUUCAGAGAACUCUGCCACUGACACCGAUCAUGUCGACAACUGGGAAGUCGUGGACUGCGUCCAAAUGUACGAUUUUGUGUGGCCCAAAGGGGGCAUGUUCGCCUGGGUGGAGAUCCUGUUCGACACGCACCCUCUUCGAUCCCAAUAUAGUUCUGAGAGGCUAUCCAGGGCUUUCUGGAUUCAUCUCACCAAAAAACCACAUUUGUGUCUAGUGGGGCCAGGCAGCUUAUUUGCGGCAACCCCCAAUUCUGUGGAGAAGGCGUACAAGUAUAUACGGCUUGCGUUCGCUCCAAUGGAUGCUAACGAUGUGGCGCCUUUUACUAAUCGAUUGGUGGAAGGCAUCAAGACCUUCUGGCAGCGAAAAGAUCUGGACGGUUUGAACGAUGAUGAUGCUGUGCUUGCCAUGCAGAAUUUGCAGCUGAGUGGAAGCGCUAAUUUCAUGGGCAACGGGUAUUAG